UAUACGACAAUGACUCUGAUCUUAUAUGCUUAAUAUGUUCUUCUGGGUAAGAAAAAACUGAUCUUGAAGCACAGACCCGUGUUGCAGAAUCCGAGAAAGGACGCCGCUUGCACUCUCCCAGAGCAAAAAUACAGAGACCCCUCCUUUGCAAUUUGCAGAGAGACAGAGAGAUAAAAGGGCACAAUGCUUGGGAAUGGAGUCGUCGGGAUUCUCUCCGAGUCUUCAAAUAAGUGGGAAAGAAGAGUUCCCCUUACACCUUCUCAUUGUGCUCGGCUUUUACUCAGUGGCAAGGAUAAAACUGGAGUAGCUCGCAUCAUUGUGCAGCCAUCGACAAAGCGAAUCCAUCAUGAUGCGCUUUACGAAGACGUGGGCUGUGAAAUAUCAGAUGACUUGUCUGAGUGUGGUUUUAUUGUGGGCAUCAAACAGCCGAAGUUGGACAUGAUUCUUCCUGAUAGAGCUUAUGCCUUCUUCUCUCAUACUCACAAGGCCCAGAAAGAAAACAUGCCCCUGUUAGACAAAAUUAUAGCUGAAAGGGCUUCACUUUAUGACUAUGAGGUCAUUGUCGGCGAGCACGGGAAGAGAUUGCUUGCAUUUGGAAAAUAUGCAGGAAGAGCAGGACUAAUUGACUUCUUAAGUGGGCUGGGACAAAGAUAUCUAAGUCUUGGAUAUUCAACCUCUUUUCUCUCACUCGGUGGAUCUUACACAUACUCCUCCUUGGCUGCUGCCAAGGCUGCAAUAAUUUCUGUGGGCGAAGACAUUGCAACUCAGGGGCUACCAUCAGGAAUUUGCCCUCUGGUCUUCAUAUUCACUGGUUCAGGAAAUGUUUCUGCUGGAGCACAAGAGAUAUUCAAGCUUCUUCCUCACACUUACGUUGACCCGAGCAGACUCCCAGAACUCUUUCAGAUGGCCAGAGAUCCAACUCAAACAGCAAAAAGAUCGAAGAGAGUUUACCAAGUAUAUGGUUGCGUUGUGACUUGUCAGGACAUGGUUGAACACAAAGAUCCUUCGAGAGAAUUUGACAAGGCCGACUACUAUGCACACCCGGAACACUACUCUCCAACUUUCCAUGAAAAAGUUGCACCAUAUGCAUCUAUCAUCGUCAAUUGCAUGUAUUGGGAAAAAAGGUUCCCGCGGUUAUUGAGUAAUGAGCAGCUCCGAGACCUAAUGGAGAAAGGAUGCCCACUGAUUGGGAUAGCAGAUAUCACUUGUGAUGUAGGAGGCUCAAUGGAAUUUGUCAAUCAGACUACAUCAAUUGAAUCACCUUUCUUCAGAUAUGAUGUCCUAUGUGAUUCAUAUCAUCAUGAUAUGGAGGGUGACGGUGUGAUCUGUUCAGCUGUGGAUAUUUUACCGACUGAGUUUGCAAAAGAGGCUUCCCAACACUUUGGAGACAUUCUAUCAGAAUUUAUUGGAAAGUUAGCGUCUUCUGUAGAAAUUGCGCAGUUACCUGAGCAUCUAAGGAGAGCUUGCAUAGCACACAGAGGAAGACUCACUGCCCUGUUCGAAUAUAUACCGCGUAUGCGAGAAUCUGAUACAGAGAGCAUGCCGGUAAACCUUGUCAAUAUACCCGCAUACAGGAUGAAAAAAUUCACAGAAUUGGUUUCCCUGAGCGGCCAUUUAUUCGACAAGUUCCUGAUAAAUGAGGCUUUGAACAUCAUCGAAGCGGCAGGCGGUUCCUUCCACUUGGUUAAGUGCCAAGUUGGCCAGAGUGCUGAUGCACCAUCUUAUUCAGAACUUGAAGUGGGUGCAGAUGAUAGGGAAGUCUUGGAUCAGAUUAUAGAUUCUCUAAAUUCUCUUGCUAAUCGGAGUGAAAAUGGACCUCAGCCAGACAACAGAACAAGUUCGACAUCAAAGACGGAUGGUACGGUGGUGAAUAAUGGCACUAAAAGCAGCUGUGAUCUGGGAAAUACGCGUUCCGUUCUGAUUCUUGGUGCUGGGAGGGUCUGCCAACCAGCUGCUGAGCUCUUGGCAUCUAUUGGAAGCACUUCAUACCGCCAAAGGCAUGAUUCGCAUUUGAAGGUUGACUCCGAAGAGCAGGGACAUGUUCAAGUUGUUGUGGCGUCUCUCUACCUAAAGGAUGCAGAAGAGACUAUAGAAGGCAUUCCAAAUGCAACUGCAAUUGAGCUCGAUGUGGCAGACCAUGUUAGUCUCUCCAAGUGCAUUUCUCAGGUGGAUGUUGUCAUAAGUUUGCUUCCCUCUCUUUUCCAUGUUACUGUAGCAAACGCUUGCAUCGAGCUUAAAAAGCAUCUUGUAACGGCUAGCUACGUCGAUGAGCAGACAUCUAAGUUAGAUGAGAAGGCAAAAGAUGCUGGCAUUACAAUUCUUGGAGAGAUGGGGUUGGACCCUGGAAUUGAUCAUAUGAUGGCAAUGAAGAUGAUUGAUCAAGCACACCAACGGAAAGGGAGAAUAAGAUCUUUCACUUCCUACUGCGGAGGCCUCCCAUCACCUGCAGCUGCAAAUAAUCCACUAGCAUAUAAGUUCAGUUGGAAUCCUGCUGGAGCUAUCCGAGUUGGGCGUAAUCCUGCCUUAUACAAGUCUCAUGGUGAAACUAUUCAUGUUGAUGGAGACAAACUUUAUGAAUCUGCUACCAGAUUCCGAAUACCCGAACUCCCUGCCUUUGCACUGGAGUGUCUUCCGAAUCGCAACUCUUUGGUAUAUGGGGACUUGUACAGAAUAAGUAAAGAAGCUUCGACCAUUUUCCGUGGAACCCUCCGCUAUGAAGGUUUCGGAGAAAUAAUGGGGACUCUUGCAAAAGUAGGCUUGUUUGAUACUGAAGCCCAAAUGAUACUCAAGAGCAGCGAGCGACCCACAUUCCGGACCUUCUUGCUCAAGCAUCUCAAACUCGAAAAGGAAGAUUCAGACAAGGCUUCAGUUGGGGAGAAAGAGAUUGCCCAGCAAUUGCUCAUACUCGGACACUGCAGUGAAGAAGGAACAGCCCUAAGGACGGCCAAAACCGUCCUGUUCUUGGGUCUUCACGAGCAGAUGCAAGUCCCUGCAUCCUGCCAGAGUGCCUUCGACGUAACCUGUCUUCUCAUGGAAGAAAGAUUGGCCUACUCUAGCACAGAACAGGAUAUGGUGCUUCUGCAUCAUGAGGUGGAGGUUGAGUACCCAGAGAGUCAGCACAAAGAAAACCACGGUGCCACUCUAAUGGAGUUUGGGAGGACCGAGAAUGGCAAAACCACCACCGCCAUGGCUCUCACGGUUGGUGUCCCGGUAGCCAUUGGAGCUCUGCUUUUACUUGAGAACAAGAUCAAGACGAGAGGCGUGUUGAGACCUAUCGAACCUGAAGUAUAUGUGCCAGCACUGGAUAUCCUGCAAGCUCAAGGUAUCCGCGUAAUGGAGAAGAUUGAGUGAAUUGGACUUUCGGGAAUGUGCCUGAUUCUAUCGUGCAUGCCGAUUGAAAGGAACCAAAAAGAAGAUGGAAAACUGAACAACAUAGAAUCUCAUUUAGCGUUCCUUGUAGAUAAAUUAUCUGAAUCACCAUCUUCUGCAACUAUUGAAACUAGGGCAUUUAUUAACUGAAAGAUCCCAGGCAUUGCAUUAAUGUAGAUUCACUUGCUUUUCGCAUCGAACUGUAUAUUUUCAGUUUUUAAUAGCUUUGAAAGUCAACAAGCUUUGAUCAUGUUCCCAUGGUC